CAGACCAUAUCAAGUUGGGGGAGGGAGAUAUCUUUGUCUCCACUCGGAAAUCCAACCUGUAAUUUCUGAUGUGGCUUUUCCAUCGCCCUUCAAUUUUGCGUCGGGGAAGCUAAAAUUUUGAUUUGAUUCGUUCUCUAUACAAUACGCCAACAGACUGAGGGGGGCCUAAUUCAGGAACAAAAAUCUGGUGCGCAUUUGCGGUGCGUGGGAGAGGAAGAUGUCAAACAGGAUGCUGAAAUCCUCACAGGAUGUCGGGGGAACCCGACGGGAUUAGAGUUUCGGAGCGAUUUUAAGAAUUAGGGUUUCGCUCGACGGGAAGAGAUGGUGGAGCCGUGUUUGAUGGCCUCACAGGGGUGUCCUCCGGGACUAGGAGGCGGUGUUUUCCAUCCCGAGCCGGCGUCGGAGGGCGUUCGCCACUUUCUCCCCUGUCAUGGAUUGAACCAAGAACUGGUAACUCCCCUCUCGUUAAAUUCAAAUUUGCAGCAGAAAGAAGAGCGAAGGCGUACCGUUGGUAUAGGAGAAUCUGGCCUCUCUGCCGUGAUCGAUGCAGCCCAUGAACGAUCAGCUCUGCUCGACUUUCAAGAUGAUCAUCCGGAAUCUGUUCAUUUCAGCAUUGGAAUUGCUGAACGAUGCGCCCUGCAAGAUAAGAUCAUGAAGUUAUUAGCAUCUGGAUCAUAUGAAGAGCAGGACAUACUGGCUUUAUCGAAACUUUAUUAUAUGAUGGGACCCCAGCGGAUGAUUGCAGAAUUGCCUCAAUCAAAUCUUAUAUAUCCGAGCAGCGAACUCUACUUAUAUGAACCGACCUUGGACUUGGAAGGGUAUAGGAGCACCUGUCCCGAGAAAGCGUGCCAACCUGAUAUGCACCUGCAAUUUUAUGCUGGCAAUGAAAUAAGAGAAAUAGUUUCGGUGUUAUCUGAAUUACACGCAUCGAAAGAUGCAAAUAAAUCCACUAAGCAGACGAUGUUGGUCCCCUACUUUGAGAGGCGAAGAAGACCACGUGCAAAAACUGAUGCAACGAAGCCUGCGACCGAAAGAGCAGGUUCUUCAAAGCGCAAUGUUAAGGCGCCAUCAAAGAAGAAAGCGGCUAGGAGAAGCAGUAAAGAGAUGGUUCCCUAUAGUAACACCUACCUUCAUGCAUGUGAAAGCCUUCUGUCUGUAAUUGCCGACAGGAAUCGGCAGAGUAGUGCGAUGAUCUCCCUAAAAAGGUCGAGACAGCUGCCACAAUUUCUGACCCAAUGCUCCGCCACCAUUGCCGGGAUUGGAAUUUCCGUUGUUGUAUGCGUCCUCUGCAGAAUCACUUUUGGUGCAUUCCAUUUCUCUUCAUCGAAGCUUUUGAGCACCGGGCUGGGUUUCGGCCUCGUGUGGCUCUCCUCGGCAGUCUAUAGACUGAGGGACACUGUUAUCACCAUCACCAAGACUUCUAGCGAAAAAGAAGAUGAAAUGAUGAAUCACCUCGACAAAAAUUUGAAGGAUAUUUACUCCAGGGCGGCGACAUUGAUGGCGCUCGCAAUUCUGAGUUUGUCGUGAUCGAUACUGUGUAAGACCCGAGCAACAACCUGAUAUGCAUUUGUACGAUGCCAUUAGGUGUUGAUGAGAAGCUGCUGCAGGUAUGAGCACCCGAGCAAGAAUUGCAUUCGAUUGCUGUUCUUUACCUGUGGAUAUCAGUUUUGAAUUUUGAUGUAGCAUACUUGUUUCUAGUUUCUUAUGCACGCCGAAAUAAUGUUGUAUGGAACAAAACCAGACUCAAUAAUGUACUAAAGUCUGUCAUCUAAGAUGUUUUCGCUUUCUCUA